AUGCGCGCGCUGCUGCUCGGGCCGUGGCUCCGCGCCGGGACCGGCCCGCGGCCGCACCGCCUAACGCCGCACCGAGCGCUCCGGGCCGCGCCCACGGCACCCAACACCGCCUGCGACAGCCAACAGCGGGGCCCUGCCGCUGGCCGGGAUUUGCCGACCUUAAAGCAGAAAGUGUCGGUGGAAGUGCUGGACCACUUGGAGCAGCUGGCCCUGGUGGAUUUCCGGGACUCGGAGGGCGUGGAGCGGCUGCAGAAAGCGAUCCAGUUUGCUGAUCAGCUUCAUGAAGUAAACACCGACGGCGUGGAACCGAUGGAUUCAGUGCUGGAGGACAGGUGUCUGUAUCUCAGAGAAGAUGAUGUGACAGAAGGCAACUGCACCAAAGAACUGCUGGAAAAUGCCAGAGAGAAAGUAGAGGAGUAUUUUGUAGCUCCACCAGGUAACAUCCCUUUACCAAAGCUAGAAGAACGAGAGACUUUUCUGCAGGGCUCUAAGUGACAGCCCAGAGCCUAAAUGCCCUUUGAGUGUUUUAUCUGGGGAAAGUGAAGUUUUGUGCAGUCACAGCUGAAACACCCUGGCAUGUAUUUCCGUCAAAAGAAGAGCACUUGCAAGACAGAAGAAAGAAAGUGUAAAAGUUUAGUAGUGCUGCUGAAAUGUUCAAUGUCUCUGAAGCUGGAUGGCAGCAUGGCAGAUGAUCUUAGUGCUUUUAUUUGCAAAGGGAAUUUGCUGUCUGGAGGUGAGAGCAAACCCUUGUCCCACUCUUCAUUGUGGAAUUAUCCAAUUUUUUGUUUAAGCAUCCAUAAUAUACUCAUAGAUGCAUAAAACGUGUAAUUACUAUGAUACUUGAAUUCUUUCAAGGGUAUUGAAAUAAAGCCUGUAUUUAACAUCA